ACCCACCUGUGCCACUCUGCAGUGUCACACACCUGUGCCCAGAAGUGCCACCUACCUGUGCCCAGCAGUGCCACCCACCUGUGCCCACCCACCUGUGCCCACCAGUGCCACCCACCUGUGCCCACCCACCAGUGCCACCCACCAGUGCAGCCCAGCAGUGCUGCCAGUCAGUGCCACCAGUCAGUGCCCAGGGGUUGUGCCAGUCAGUGCCGCCAGUCAGUGCCCAGCAGUGAUGCCAGUCAGUGCCGUCUAUCAGUACCCAUCAUCAGUGUCACCUAUCAGUGCCGCCUAUCAGUGCUGCCUACCCGUGCCACCUCAUUAGUACUGCCUAUCAGUGCCCUUUAG